AUGCCACCCAUCGCUAGCACGGGCUGCGCCGACGGCGUUGCUUUGUCGCUGAGGCUGUCCUGCGACCGUUGCCGCGCGCAAAAACUCAAGUGCUCGGUGCCGGCGGGAUCUCAGGCCUGCCAGCGGUGUAAGCGGGCCAAAGCCCCGUGUGUUUUUGGGCGGCGGACGCCGUGCAAGCGCAGACGACGCAAGAAAGGAUGCGGUGAUGGUGAUGGUGAUGGAGGAGCAGGGUCCACAAGUCCGCAGCAGAUACCCCAACAACAAGUGUGCUCGCCCGCGCAGCAAUGGUCCGUUACUACGCCCGCAGGCCUCGCCACUCCGCCAUCGCCUGUUGCAUUGAUGUCAGGACCCAGAGUAUCGGGAUUCACGCUAGACAGAGAGCUAGAUGCGCCAACAAUGGCAUUUGUUGAGCCGCUGGCAGGACUGCCAGGUACAAUGUCCGAGGUGGACGCGGGUUUCUUUGUUGACGGACCAGCCACGUGGAAUUGCCUAAGUCCCGGGUUACAGCGCCUCCCCCCGGACACGUCUGGUCGCGGCAGCAGCAGUACGGAUACUGUGGGCUACGAACGGGGCUGGUUGCAGUCCGGCUGGCCCCUGGGCGAAUCAGCCAUGCUCGAGUUCGGCCAGUCCGAUCUCGCACUGUGGUCGCAGCAGCCCGAGGUCACACCCAUCAACGUUAACGUUACUAGUACGGCACACAGCCUGUUGGCAGCCACUGGUGCGUCCGACGGCAGGAGGAAAACCGGGAAUAAUUCCGCUGCCGCCGUAGCCGGCCAGGGGCUCAUACAGCUGGUGUCGGAGAUCCAGCACCAGCUCCGGCAGCUGGAAGAGGGUCCGUGGCACACAGAUAGCGCGUCUAGCCUUGAUGACUACCCCGUUGGCACCGUGCUCGCGCUGGCGAAGCAGUUCAGUGCUCUGGCCGGUUCCAUCCUCGGCUGCAUGGGCAGGGAGCAGCAGCAGCAAACGGCGAACGAUGAUGCUACGCCGACAGUGCUGCUGGUCAUGUGCGGCUACAUGUGGCUGGUGCGCAUUUACGCCGUCGUUCUAGGCCACUUUCAGAGGCACCUCGACCACAUGCCGGCCAAUCAGCCCGAUAACGCCGCCGCCCCCUGCAUUCCUUCUGCUUCCUCCCCCCACGCCCUGCGACUGGGCGAGCUCAAAUGUGCAGACGCCACGCUCGGUCUGCAGCAGAUUCACACGGCAGUCUGCAUGCUCCUGGACGCGCUGCACGACAUUGAGAGCCAUCUGGGGUGUGCGGGGGCUGUGGGUCGCGACAUGGCCGUGGCCCUGCUGCUCAAGUCAGGCAAGUCCCCGGAGGAUUCGGAUGCUAGCUCGUCGGGUGGCUUGUUGGCUAGGAAGGCAACUGCGGUCAAGGAGCUGCUGCGGCGGAAGAUGGGUCUUUGA